UAUCUCUCGCAACGGAGUUGUUAUGUAUUUUUUAAUUAACUCGGAUUUAAUUGAUUUAUUUAUUAAAUGGGAAUUGGAGAUAAUUAACUUCUUUCUUGAUUGUUUUUUCGAACAAAGGUGACAAAUGUCAAUUAACUGUCAAAUUUCAAUUAGCGGCAGUUUGGCAACGCUGUUUGUACUGUCAUUGCUUCAUAACCUUGAUUAGUAAUAUAAACACUUUUUGGACUUUUUGUAAUCAUUCCAGAUGCAAAAUCAUUACAUUUGGUAUGAUUUUAAGUUGUUUUCGCUGAUGCGGGAAUAUUCAACUACGUAGCAGCACCUCAGUCAAAAGACUUUUGACGUCAAAAAGUUAGGUGGCCAAAAUGUCAAGUUUGGAAUACUGUAAAGCAUUCGUAACAACUGGAAACUCGUCAUGGAAAAACAUGCACAACUGUAAACUGUGUCAAUUUUUUACGACUUCAAGUUUUCUUAUGUUCAACCACGUGAAGCGACACCGUUCACCAAUCGAAAAAUUCACCUGUAGAAACGCCACAAUUGAAGUGUUUUAUUGCAAAGACUGCGAUUUUAAAACCAAACUAACGAUUCUGUUCAAACAACACAUUAUCAAACAUCAAGGAUCCAAAGAUUUACUAAGUGAGGACUUCGUCGUACGAAACUACGUUUGCGAAAAAUGUACUUUCGAAACAAAUCUCUCGUUGAAGUUGCUUCAGCAUACUUCACAAUGCACAGGAAAGAAAAUCAGUGUCGGUAAUUCAUGUGAAACUAAAUCCAAAAUCAAAGACGAUAAAUGGCACAAGUGCGAAAAGUGCCCUUACAAGACUAGAAGAAAAGACAGUUUAACAACACACAUAAACGGCAUGCACUUGAACGAAGAACUCAUCAAAUGGUACGAAUGUGACGAGUGUCCAUUUAAAACCAAAUAUAAACCAAAUUUAAAGAAACACGUAGCCGCGAGACAUUUAGACGAUGACCAGAUUAAAUGGUACGAAUGCGAAGAGUGCCCUUAUCGGACGAGACGAAAGUAUAAUUUAAGAACGCACGUAAACUGCAGGCACUUGAAUGAAGAUCUUGUUGAAUGGUACGAAUGCAAAGAGUGUCCAUACAGAACCAAAUUCAAAGGAUAUUUAAAGAAUCACGUAACUGCCAAACAUGUAGACGAGGACAAAAUUAAGUGGUACGAGUGUGACGCGUGCCCUUUCAAAACGAGAAAAAACAACAAUUUAACAACACACAUUAACUGUGUACACUUGAGUGAAGAAUGGUACGAAUGUGGAGAGUGUCCGUUCAAAACUAAGACCAGAAGAUACUUGAAGGUGCACGUAGCUACGAAACAUUUGGACGGAGACAAGAUUAAGUGGUACGAAUGCGGAGAGUGUCCGUUCAAAACCAAGUUGAAUUCGUCUUUAAAGAACCACAUAAGCGGAAGUCAUUUACAAAAUGUGUAUGAAUGUGAUAAGUGUACGUAUAAAGGUAGAACGAAAAGUUAUUUAAGAAGACAUUUGCUGACCCAUUUGGAGGUUAGAUCGUAUCAGUGUGAGUAUUGUCCAUAUAAGGCGAAAAGCAGUCACUAUUUAAAGAUUCAUCUAAAAGUGUGUCAUUUGAAUGGAACGGACGUUAAAUGGUACCAAUGCGAGUAUUGUCCAUACGAGGCGAAACGCCAGGACUAUUUAAGGAAUCACACGAACAACCGACAUUUGAGUGGAACGGAUGUUAAAUGGCACAAGUGCGGACAGUGUACAUUCAAGUGUAAAGAUAGGACAAAUUUUUAUAAACAUAAAAAAACACACAUGUAAAUCUGAUUUUUUAAUUUUUUUAAAUAUAAAGUGACAAAUGUCAAUUAACUGUCAAAUUUCAAUUAUGAACAAAUUGGCAACCCUGUUUGGAAUUGUUGUAUUUUGUAAUAAUUCCCGAUAAUAAAUUAUUAGAUUUGGUGCAAUUUUACGUCGUUUUCGCUGAUACAACAAUAUUCAACCAUUUAGCAACACCUGUUGUUAUUUUAGCCAAAAACAGCAACGUGACUUUUGACAUCAAAAUGUUAGGUUAGAAAUCUUGAUCCAGUGUCAAUUAUGGAGUACUCCGAAACCUCUAGUUCCUGGGGAAAAUCCUCAUGGCCGAACGUCCACAACUGCAAAGAGUGCCCCUACUUCACAACCUCGUUUCUUCGUAUGGCCAACCACGUGACACGACACGACGCCCCCUUGGAAAAUUUUGCCUGCGAAACCGCCUCAAUCGAAGUGUACUACUGCAAAGACUGCGAUUUUAAAACGUCGCUAACGAUUGAGUUCAAACAACACAUCGAACACCAUCAUGGAAUUAAAACAGAAUCGCGAGACGACUUCACCGUACUGAACUACCUUUGUGGAAAAUGCAACUUCGAAACAAACUUCUCGUUGAAGUGGGUCCAACACAAUUUCGCGUGCACGGGCAAGACAAAACGCCGAAUUUUAGUCGAGAGACGUUGGCAUUACUGCACGGAAUGUUCCUACAAAGCUAAAUUCAAUAAAACUCUAACCCGUCAUCUGGACAAUUACCACUUCAACAAGCGCUAUGCGUGUGACAAGUGUCCAUUUAAAACCGGAUAUAAACAAGUGUUGAAAACCCACAUAAAUUGUGCGCACUUAGCUGAACAAGAAGCGAUAUGGCACAAGUGCGAUAAAUGCGCUUUUAAAACUAGAACAAAAAGCUCGUUAAGACAGCACGCCAUUAACAUGCACUUGAGAGAAGAAGACGUGGUUUGGUACGACUGCACUGAGUGUUCGUUCAAAACUAAGAACAAAGACGCUUUAAAACGACACGUGGCGGUGAGACACCUAGACGACGAACUCAUAAAGUGGUACAAAUGUGACCACUGCCAAUACAAAACUAAACACGCGGUUAGUUUACGAAAUCACGUAAAUUCGCAGCAUUUGGACGACGACGAAGCCAAGUGGUACGAAUGUGCGAGCUGCUCAUUUAAAACCAAGAAGAAAGAACUGUUAAAACGGCACGAAAUUUUUCGUCACACUGAUGAAGCGACAUUUAAAUGUCAGUAUUGUCCAUAUAAAGCUAAAUUGAAUACGUAUUUGACGUUGCACAUGAACAAUCGACAUUCAGACGGGAAGGAUCGUAAAUGGUACGAAUGCGACCACUGUCCGUUCAAGAGUAGGUACAGGACUUCGGUGAAGAAACACACAAUUGCGAAACACGCAGACGAAGCGACAGUUACGUGGUACGAAUGUGAAUAUUGUCCGUUUAGAACUAAGCACAAACCAACUUUGAAAAUUCACGAGCGAGACCAACAUUUGGAUGUUAAGUGGUUCGAAUGCGAGGAGUGUUUUUAUAGAACUACGUGUGAAGCGUUUUAUAAGAAACACGUCAGUGCGAAACGUCAUAGACAAAGGGAUUUUUAAAGAAGCACAGGUUUGAUAUGUAUAUACUCUGUUACAUGCCUUAUAUAUUUUGUAAUUGCCGUUUCAAUAAAUUAAA